UGACGUCAGCGGCAGAGCUAGAGAAGGACAGGCAGAAUGGCUACCCAGUGCCGUAGCUCUAAAUGCACGGCAGAGAGGAAAGGAUUCCGGCGGGAACUCGAUUCCUGGCGGCACAAAUUGGUCCACUGUGUAGGGUUUGAAAGCAUAUUAGAGGGGAUCUAUGGACCAAGGCUGCUCAGAGAUCUCAGUAUAUUUGAUGACUGUGAACCAGAUGCGGUCAGUGACUGGUCAGUGGAUGCCAGCUGUUCUUUCUGCAAUCUCCAAUUAGAAAAACUCAGUGACCAUAUUCCCCCUGUCAGUUCACCUCAGUCACCUCCAACUGAAGAAACCCCUCCCCCUCCUCCUCAGGGCCAGUCAAACACUGAGAAUAUCGAAUGCCAAGCUGACCGAUUUCUCCAUGCAAUCUUUCGAAAGAAAGACCUUCCUCAGAGCUGUGAUCCGAACAUUCCCUUAGUUGCUCAGGAAUUAAUGAAAAAGAUGAUCCGCCAGUUUGCCAUUGAAUACGCUUCAAAAAGUCAGAUUGAAGGAGCGAAGAACCACACGUCCAACAACCUCCCUCACCCUCCAGAUGAGGAUGGACCCCUCGACCUCACUGUGAACAGACACCAACCGAAUGUGGAACAAGAUGGGGUGCUUGAUCUCUCCAAAAAGAAUUGUGCCAGUUCUGCAUUGUCAACUUCAUCUAAUCAAAAAGCAUCAGGCUCCCCGGGGCCUGCUGAUGACGUCCAAGUCCACUUGGAUGCAAGGGAAGAAAAGUCUGAAGCCAGAAGUUCCACACUGGAAACGGUCCUUUCGUCGUUGUGCCCGUACCACAAGACUUUGCUGUAUCAGAUUCUGAAGUGCAUGCGUGAAUAUUACAGCACCUCCUCCGCCCACAGAUACAAAAAUGCCCACGGACUCUUUGCACAAACGGACGGUCCGUUGUGCUGCCAUUUGUCAGGCAACCUGCACCGGGACCUGUGCGGUUUCGGUGACUACAAGGUGUCGAACGGGUGCUAUGUACCGACCUGUCGGGUUAACUCCCUCCCCGUAGCCCCGGUCUGCAUCUGCCUGAAGAACUUUCACUGUUUGUCGUGUCAGAGCAUUGCUAUUGGCUGCAUUAACGGCGUGGUUGGCCCCAGCUCCUGUGGUUGCUUCCCUCGUCAUCAUAGGAUUCCGUGUUCUUGCCAGAACUACAUUGAUGGUGCGUAUGUCACUCCUGUUGGAAAUGUAGCAAGUGCCCCAUUUGGUCCUCAGCAUGUCCGUGAUCCGUACCGUUCUUGUACCAAGGGGGGGUGCAGUCCUUCCCCACCCCCACUUUCACCAAUACCAUCUGAUGUCAGUGGGAAAAUAAGUGACAAAACAUUUGUGUGCUCUUUCGCGGAUGGCAAGACUUGCAGUAGCCAACCUCCAUCUCUCUUUCCAUUUGAAGAGGAGGGUGAUGCACUUUCUCACAAAGACUGUUUAAGUAAAGGAAAGGAUGUAAGCGAAGAAGAGACCGGAAGCCAGAAAGACAAUGGCAAAGGCACUGACUGUUGCACAGAGACUUGCAGGUGUCUUGAACAAAGACAGAGUGGAACUAUCAUCCACGAUCUUAUGGAGCGUAUCAACGAGAAGCUGAAGACGAUUGAACCACUGGAGAAACAGCAGAACAUAAUCACCACUGUCAACAAAAGCUUGGAGUGCAGUGAUGAUGUGCAUGUAGGGAAAAUAACAACUACGGUUUUACAUAAUGACAGUGACCAUGAUUACACCAUAAAGGAGCUUCCUUGCCAACCUAAGGCAAUUGUUGAGAACAAACCUAUGCAGACACCUUUCUGUAGAGGGCAGAUUACCGAAAACCAUAACUUGCUGUGCCUGGAGUUUCCCUCAUCAUCUUGUCAAAGUGAAGAAAGGAAACAAAGUCUUUCUAAUCUUAGUCAAUCACUUGAGAGGAGAAAGGAGACUUUGGAGGAAAGCAGAAAUCCAAAUGUAAGAAUUGAGGAAGACAUACAUUUCUCUGGCUUCCAACCCAUUCCUAAUAGGUCAGAUGUGGAGGGCGUUUCUGAAGAUGUGGAUAUUGAAAUUACUAAAGACAUUUGUGACAAUCAAAUCUCUAAAGGAGUCAACACUGAGCUGCCUCUUUGCACACCUGAAAACACGGGAGAUGCACAGAAAAUAGAAGACAGAACCGCGGAGGACUGUGCAAUAUCUAUGAAUGGUCUGCCUCUUGGAAGUCCUGAACCAAGUACUGAAAAACAAGCUUUCCCUCCUCGCUCAAGCAAUUGUAGUGAUUUAGGCAGAUCCAGAAGAAACAUUGUUCCUCCAGCAAGAUUUUCCUCAUAUGUUACAGAGCCCAGAAAGAUGUACUUUGCUGCCUGUUUUUCAGAAAGCUUUUUCAUUCCAAGAGCAUCCAAAGAUAAGGCUUUAAAGGGCACAGACAGUGAAAAUUCUUCCCCAGAAAUGGAAAGGGAUGAAUCCUCCACAGAACCAGUCAUUAGGGAACCCUCCGAUACUGCAUCUAAUAUCAAAAAGCUGGAUGAAGAUGAGCAAGACCUUGACAAACCAAACGAGAUUAAACUAGUGACGACUACAUCGCGAACAAGAAACCAGUCCGUUUUAGCGGGGGAAAAGACUGUUGAAGAGAGUGGAACUAAAUGGGUUUCUCCAAGAAGAACAAAGCGACAUGAGGUUUCCAGAUCACAUGCAAGGUCAAAGUCUUCUGACACUCACAGCGAUGAUCCUGACUCCCGCAUGCAAAGCAGCGAUUCACCAGAAGAUACUCACACUAUCGAAAACCCAUCCGUCUCCAGCGAAUGCCAUUCGGUUCCCCAGUACACAAGUCCCAUUCGCCUGAUGUUCGUUUGUCCCGUGGCUUGUGAGAACGGAAUCCGGUACACGCUCAAGUCUGCGUUUCCCGGUUCCACCAAUGACGGCGAGACGUUUGAUCCCUGCGAGGAGUCGUCGUGGGGAGGAACGAUAAAUACCCCCGUCAAAGAGACGGCACCCCGGGAAUCCUGUGUUACUCGGGAUGAGAACGGCUUGCACAAGAGGCCGGUGGCUACUGAUGACGCGUCAAGAGCUGAUCCUUUAAAGGAAGGCCAAGAAAAUGAGAAAGAGGUCUGUCCCAUAGUUCCUGAAAUUGCUUCAUCCCCUCUGAAAAGAAAGCCUGGCCGUCCCAAGAAACUCGGUCCGCAAAUUGAAAAGCGGGCAAAGAGGCCAAUAGGUAGGCCGCCAAAACUCAAAGAUACGAAUUCCACGUGCAGUGAUGAUAAGGGAAACACUAAGAGCAUAAACAAUGACCCUGCGGCCAUUUUGUGUGAAGACAAAGAUGCAAGGACAAACAAAAACCUAAAAAUCACUGUAGUUUAUGGAAGAUCAAGGAGAAUAAAGAGACUUGUGUCAGAAGAUGAUGGAAGUUUAAGAAAAGACCAAACUGAACACCAAGAUGAUGGCAGACAGAAAUGUGACCUAAAUGGUAAUGUACUAGCAUUAAGCGCAGAUGACUCCUCUGAAAAAUUACCAGAAGAACAAGCCAAGAAUUUCAAUUUUGUUGGUCCUAUGAAUGACAGAAAAUGUUUGCCACCUCCAGGCACUGAGCUCAAAUGUCAGAAACAAAAGCGUUGCGUUGCAAUGAGAAAGCCAGGGAGACCUCCAAAGGUUAAGAUUUCAGGCAUCUCUGUGACUGUUACCACAGUGUCCCCAAAGCAACGAAAGAUUCGUAUCAAUGGCGAGAUCACAGAAUCGGACAGGGAACAGUCUCAACUGGAAAGCACUGUUAUCUUGGAUGAUAAACCCUCCAAAGAGCAGACGACAAUCAGUUCUGAUGCCACUCAUGAAGAAACGACACAGAACAUGGAGGAUGGAAGAAUGAGCAAAAAGACACCCGUAGUACCCCUAAGACAUUCGGCUAGAGAAAGGAAACCUUCGAUUCAUUUACUGCACUCGGUUGCUACAUCCAGGACAUUUAGUCACAGCAAUGCGCUGUUGCGUCGUUCUAGAAAGCUACUGUUAAACAAAGCGAGCAGCGAGCCAAACCAGAUAAAGAGCCCGGAGAAGUCAACUGGAGAAGCCCCAGUAAUUCCAGAAAGGGCUUCGAGAAAUCGACGAGGGCAAGACUUGAGCUUUUUGUCGGGAAUCUCGGCAGAUUCGAUUUUUGCAUCAAACGAGGCUCUAAAGUGGUGGCCUACCUCAGCUUCAUAUGAAACACUGAAUGAGGAGUUGACCAGGAGAAUUCAACUCAUGUCAGACACUUGGAUUGCGGAUGCUGUGGUAUCGAGCAAGUCAUGCCCCACAGAAAGGGAGACUGAUCUCAGAGAAAGAACAUGCUCUGCAGCGAAUGACCUUCCAAAGAACUCCGUUUCUGCUGUCAAAAUGCUGUUUCAGAAGCACUGUAAUAUGGAGGAUCUGUGUGCUUGGUUCAUGCAGACCACAGAGACCCAAUCACUGGCAAUAGUAAGAAAGGCGAGCGCCCGGAAUCCGUAUGAAAUCAUCCAGUUUAAUCCCAACAGAGUUUCGAAAAGGGGAAAUGUUUGCCCAAGUCCUCAGGCAGAGCGUUUGAGGAAGCAUGUUAAGAAAUUUGCAAAAAUUGUCCCAAAGAGUCCAGUGAUGCACCUUCAAGCACAAGAGAGGAUUAGCAGGAGUGGGAGACUGCACGUCAAGAGAAGGCUCUUUCCCAAGAGAUCAAGUGCCAUUGCUGGGGUUGCUCAUACAUGGUGCUUGUGGUCCAGAGGCAAACCCUUCAGUAAAUAUCAAAGCACCCUGCUGAGAGUAAAAUCAAAGUUCAUGACCAGAAAGAGAUUGGCAAAGGCCACUGAAAGGAGGUCAGACAGAGCUUCCUCUGGUGCCCUCCGUAAAAAUGCAGUGACUCCUGCAAAAGUGUCCCUGCUCCAAGUGUGCCGGGCGUCAUCUGUGGACACGGGGUGUCGUUCUCCGAGUUCCUCCAUCCUUGGAGAAAGGGAAUCCGCGGCCCAGCAGGUGCAAAACUCCAAGGGAACAACUCGAUGCGGAUCGCAGGAAUGGAGCCCAGGAACAAUGAGGGAAUGUAGGGUAUUCCUCAAAAAGAUUAACUCCCCAGAAACGAAACCCACAGUUGAAGAAUGUAACUCGUGCACAGUUCAGCUCCGUGACAUUUCGUCUUCUGACUGCGGUUUGCCUGCGAGCACAGACCGCGGCGAAGGGGAAACCGAGCCCGUUAAACCCGAGAAUGUGAGAAGCGAGAGAGUAAGGCGAACGACCCGGAAGGUGUCUUCACAGUACCCCGAGGAACUGUGGGUUCAGACCACGGAAAGGAAAGGAAAACGGAAAAGCAGUGACUCAAGUCAGGCACAACCUGCAAAAAAAGGCAAGACAAUCUGAGUGGGAAGACCUACUGGAAGGAAAUUGUGUGAUGCAGUGCCAGGUAACUACAAAUGCUGUUUUCAGUGAUUCUACCACUUAUUUCUUGUGGACUUUUUUUUUUUUUUUCUCUGCUCUGGUUCCUUUAAAAAAAACAAAAACAUUUUUUAUUGCAGGAAGCAUCAAAAAAAUGGUAUUGCCUCUCAGUGAGGUAUGUUCUGCAAGAUGAUUCAAGUUUUGAUAAGACGUGCCUUCAAAUUGUCAGCUAGCUGAAAAAACUGACAGUAGUAUCUCAGUAAGCGUCAUGUAGCAUAAAUCUAAUGGUAACGUAUGGUUGCACUAUUUUGUAACGUUUUUGUUUUUCAUAAUUUUAUGUCUGUAAAAACAAAAUAUAUAUAUAUAUAGUUAUUGUUAAACGUUACUUAUCCGUUAAGAUACCACAAAGCAGCAACAUUUUGAGGUAUUCUUCAAAAGUGUUCCCCUACAUUUUGUAUUUAAGGAAUGACCAUGUUUCAUGAAGGAAAAAUGUGCGGUGUAUCAUUUGGCAUACUUUAGGCAUACAUCCAGGUUCUUAAAAACCUACUUGCUCUAAAUCAUAUCAUCAUGAGGGAUGUGCCACCUAGCAUACAUGAGGCUGAACCAACCACAAGGUGAAUUAUUCUGGACUUCCAAAUGUACCGGUAUGUUCUGCACUCGGUCUGACCAAAAUACAGUCCGAGGCCAAUCGUUUAUGAGUACAUGCAUUGCAUGAAAUGGCUAAAUUAAUCAAAGGUAUGCUGCAAGUUCUUGUUUCCUUUGUUUUCUGAUAUGAAGCAUUAAUUAUUAUUUGAAUGGUUCUGAAAGCUCCUGUACCCAACUGACCUUCCUGGAUGUUUUUCAACCCCUUCCAAAGCAUUAGUGUAUUCCGAAAUGUUGAACACGAGUACUUUCUGCACUAUUCAAAUUUAAGAUUAACCGUUAGUUCUCACUACCACCCAUGUAGUGUCCAAUAUGUUAUAGGUGCAAUAUCUUGAGUUUUCUUCUUUUUUUUUUUUUAAGCCAGAUGUAAAUAUCAUUAUUUGUACCAUUUUUAUUAAAGAUUAUAGCAUUUUUAUGAAGCCAAUCACUUUACUAAAUGCUGUUGCUGUGCUGUUUUUCUGUUUUAUGAAUUAUCCUACGGCUGUUUAUUCCACCCAUUCUUUGCUGCAGUAUAAUAACCUACCUCUUAAAACAUCAUCCAAAAACCUUGAAGAAAUUGGGAUUCCAAAAUGAAAAUUUGGAUGUAGCUUGUCUGUGACUGGAUGACCAUACUGUAAUUAGAUGGUCCUCUUGAAGCUGUAACUUAAGCAUUUCUCAAUGAAUCAGACAAAAAAAAAAAACUACAUCAAGAACUGCAGAUCUGGGGUUCAGUAUCAAAUUGUCUUGAUCUUAUCAGUCAUUAAGAAUCUUUUCACUUCUAUCAGUGUAGAUUUCAACAGAUAAAAAAAACAUGUAAAAGACAACUCCUUUUGUCUGUACGAUUUUGUGAAAUGCAUGUUGUUUGUACAGAGCUGACACAUUGCUUUGAGAUUUUCGCAAUAUUUUUUUUAAAAUUGUUGCUCAAUGUUCACAGCUCCUCGUGUUUUUUAAAACCCCCCACUUAGAACGCCACUAUUUAGGUUUACCUUUUCAUCUUUCACACUGCACACUCAAGACCCAAGAAUCGAUCUGAAUUUUAUCAGUCCGAUCUCUGCCCUUGGUUUAAUUACUGUACAUAUAUGUGCAAGCCAAAAGUCAGAACCCUGCCUUUAAAAAAAAAAAAAAUACAUUUUAAUGCACCAUGUUAACUGACCACACCCAGGGAUGGUGUUUAGAAUACACAUACCCAAGACACACCAUGCAAUUGGCCCUGGCAAGGAAUUGACCUAAAAGUGUGUAGCUAGUGUACUAUAGAGGACACUGUUUCAUCAACCUGCAAUACGCUCUUAGAAUUUGACAAAGGUAUUGCAUCUUUCACAGCCAACUGACCUUUUGUCUAAAUGUUGUGUAUCUGUAUAUGGUAAUCAUCCAAAGCAUUCAUGUAUUUGCACGGUUAAGAUGAUAAAUCCAGCAUAUUCUGAUUUACAAUAGUUGUCUGCUUCUUACCAUCUAUGCCAAGUGGAAGAAACCUCAGCCCUGGAGUGCCACAAAAUAUGUUCCAUGGAAGGUCUUCAUGGGAACCAAAUUUUUACCACACUGAUGCAGGCGCUUAUGUGCUGGAGACAGCCUUAGGCAUAUUAUCAUGUAUAUGAAUUUAGGGCCUAGAUAGAAAUAGGCGAUCACACACACGUUUGUUUUAGGAGGGAACAGGAAUCGUAAAGCCAGUACUGGCUAGCAAACGGUUGUGUAUGCUCUGGUCAGUUAUCUGAUCCAUCUUGUCGGUCAUUGUAUGAACCCCAGAAAAAAAAAAAAAAGCAUUAACUUCCACCCAUUUCUGACGGACACCGAUUUGUGUGGCUGACCCCUUACGGUGCAUGUUUCACACUGGCCUCGAGACUGCUGAUGUGGGACUGGUCAAGACUUUGAAAUGGAAAAAAAAAAAACGUUCCGUCCCCACUUGGAAAUACCUCUUGGCUUUUACCAUGACCAGGUUCUCUCACCUCUGGUCUGUUCUGAAAAUCAAACGCGACACGAUCUUCAGAGGGGAGGUUUUACAGAGAAGCCACAGUCUUCAGAUUGUGCAUGUUUACAUUUGGAUGCAGCCCAUUUGAGCCACUGUACAUAUUUCACUUUGCUUGAGGUUUGACGGACGGCUGCAACACUAAUGCAAUCACAACGGUGCAAUCGCUUCGGGGAAAUCAGACGCUCACCUUCCAGCAUUAUUCAAGAUACGUAGGGAUUCACGUUUCUAGUCCUGUGCUUAUUUCCUUCCUGCCUUUUUCUUGUUUCCCCCCGCCCCACACGACUUGGCGAAGGGUGUUGUUUGAGACUCACUGUCACUGGAUGCCUGGAGUUUAAAUGGUGCUACAUGUGGUGUUUAUUUUAUACUUGUCUUUUUGCAGAAAAGCUUGUAAUAAAGGUCUAGUGUCACUAGAACAAUAAACGUUUUGCUCAUAAAUUGUGAAA